AUGGUACUUGAAUACAUGACCACGUGUUUCCAAUUCCUAGACGCUCCCAUGAGCUGUGCCAACGGGGCUAGAGAGUGUGAGAGAAGGGGAGGAUUUCUGGCUGAAAUAAUUGAUGAGAGUACUAACGCUUUAUUGGUAGACCAAGCCCUAUUUCUGAGGAAUAAUAAGUUUGUAGGAGAAGACACGGCCUGGUUAAUUGGCGGGUAUGAUGAUGAUAACAACGAACGAUCCUGGUAUUGGUCUGAUAAAACUCGAAUGAUCUUUGAGGCAUGGCAGGCGAUUCAACCUAGCCAAAAUGGACAUGACUGCGUGGAAAUGAGAUUUGAAAAUGGUUAUCAAUAUGAGUGGAAUGACCGGCCUUGCUCAGAAGGAAGACGGGCUUUAUGUCAAAUUGGAAUUCCUGCCUGCGGUGACCCAGGUGAACCUUUGCAUGGGAAUCGUUUACCAGACGAUAGAACAACUUACUCUGUCAAUGCUACUCUUCAUUUCUCCUGUCAGGAGGGAUAUACAUUAUCUGGAGAAAGCGUUUUAAGGUGUAUGAAUAAUGGAGCAUGGAAUCAUCAAAGACCAUCGUGUGAAGCUGUCGAAUGUGUUAAUUGGCCACAAGGGGUCGCCCUCGCAUCCACCAUGACACAGGGAUCAGUUUAUCAAGAAAUAGCUGUAUACACCUGUCAAGAUGGUUAUAUUCCUGAUAAUGAACCAAUCAGCUUCUGUCAGCAUACAGGCACAUGGAGUACACCUAACUUUACUUGUUCAGCCCCAAAUCUUGAUCUUCCCAUGCCUUGA